AUAAAACAGUAUAUACCAAAUUUUUUUAUUUAUUUAUUUUUUUUAUAAGAAGAAACAGAUAUUAAAAUUUCUUGAUGUUGAUUAAUAGUGAAGCAAACGAAAGCAUAGAAUAGGAUGUGAUGACACGAGUGGAAGUGUGGCUGGAGUGUUUCUGGCUAUAAAUAUGGUGGCUUUGGGUUCUGAUAUUUGCAUGCAUUAAGCUUUUUUUCUUCUGAGUUUGUCAGUCUCAUUUAGUCUCAACUAGCCUCUCUCUCUAUCUCCUUUUCUCACAACACACACAAUGACUGGAACUGAAGCAACUCCACAACUGCUUACUCAAACUUGUUUUGGCCAUGAGUCAUGUGAUGUUCAAACUCCAGUCAUUGACUACUCCAUGCUCAUCUCCAAUGUUUCUCUCAAAAGCUCUCAAGCUAUCAAUGACCUCAAUCAAGCUUGCCUCAACUAUGGCUUCUUCACUGUGACAAAUCAUGGGAUCCCAGAUAGCCUGAUAGGUAGUGUAACCAGUUGGCUUUCCAGAUUUUUCCAUCGGACGGACGAGGAGAAGCGACGGUAUGCGAGAAAUGAUCCCACGGAUAGAAUCAGAUUCAUAUUGGGCGGCGUAACCAAAAGAGAGCUUCUCCACAUGAGGACACAUCCCACUUUCCACUGCCCAACAAUGCCUGACGAUCGCAUGGUUUUGCAAAAGUAUAGUGAGAUAAUGAGAGAGAUGGGCAUCCAAUUGCUUAGAGGGAUCUCAAAAUCUCUGGGGCUUGAAGAAUGCUACAUGGAAAAGAAAAUGAAGUUGGAAUCUGGCUACAAUAUUUUGGGACCAAAUUUCUAUCAAUCUUUGUCGCGUUGCUUGGAUGAUAAGAAUCAGAUUGGGCAGUUUCCUCAUCGAGACCCUGGUUUGCUUGUGCUCAUCGCACAAAACGUGGGUGGGGGGCUUCAGAUAAAGCACCAAGGGAAGUGGCUCAAUGCAGAUUUUCCUCCUAGUUCCAUUGGUGUCCUUGUUGCUGACCAUAUAGAGAUUCUUACCAAUGGGAAGUACAAGAGCUUGUUGCAUCGGGUGGCUUUAAACACAGAAGUGGAAAGGUUGAGUUUACCCUUCUUCUUUGGACCAUCAUUGGACGCAAUUGUGAAGCCUGAACCAGAGUUUGUAGACGACCACAACCCACCCUCUUAUCGUCAAAUGACUUACAAAGAAUACUUGGAAUCCAAUUCUCGGUACCAUGUGAUCGAAGCAAAAGCAAACUUGAUCAAUGAGGCUCUGCUCUAGCUAACACCAA